ACGUCGGCCGCCCCAAUUGCCGACACUCUUGCUUGCAGAAUUGUACCACGUGCAACGCUCGAACUCCAUCAUGUCUUCUACGCUUAAGACGCGCAGAAAGAAGAAUGUCAAGAAAGGUAUCCAGUUCUGCCUGAUGGUGUGCGGUGCCUCAGGUACCGGCCGGACCACAUUUGUGAACACACUUUGCGGCCAGAAGGUUCUCGAGCACAAGGAGUCGGACGACCCUUCAGUAGCACACAUCGAGGAGGGCGUCAAGAUCCAGCCCAUCACUGUCGAGCUCGACGAGGAAGGCACCCGCAUCUCGCUCACCAUCGUCGACACGCCCGGAUUCGGUGACCAAAUCGACAACGAGGCCAGCUUUCAAGAAAUCGUCGGAUACCUCGAACGCCAAUACGAUGGCAUUCUGGCUGAGGAGUCGCGUAUCAAGCGUAAACCCAGAUUCCGCGACGAUCGUGUACACGUCAUGCUCUACUUCAUUACACCAACCGGCCACGGUCUUCGCGAGCUCGACAUUGAGCUGAUGAAGCGCCUCUCCCCUCGCUGCAAUGUCAUCCCGGUCAUCGGCAAGGCUGAUUCCCUUACACCAGCUGAGCUUGCCGAGUCAAAGAAGCUCGUCAUGGAGGACAUCGAGCACUACCGUAUCCCCGUGUACAACUUCCCUUACGACAUCGAGGAGGACGACGAGGACACAGUCGAGGAGAACGCCGAGCUGCGUGGCCUGAUGCCCUUCGCCAUUGUCGGUUCUGAAGACAUCGUCGAGGUUAACGGCCGACGAGUCCGCGCGAGGCAAUACCCCUGGGGAAUCGUUGAGGUCGACAACCCACGCCAAUCAGAUUUCCUUGCAGUCCGAAGUGCGCUCCUCUACAGCCAUCUGGCUGACCUCAAGGAAAUCACCCACGACUUCCUCUACGAGAACUACCGUACCGAGAAACUUAGCAAGUCUGUCGAAGGUGGUGCUGCUGCUGACUCGUCAAUGAACCCUGAAGACCUCGCUAGCCAGUCUGUCCGCUUGAAGGAGGAGCAACUGCGACGCGAAGAGGAGAAGCUCCGCGAGAUCGAGGUCAAGGUCCAACGGGAGAUCAACGAGAAGCGACAGGAGCUUCUGGCUCGUGAGAGCCAGUUGAAGGAGAUCGAGGCCCGCAUGCAUAGGGAACAAAGUGGCCAGGUCGACACGGACACAGAGGCCGCAUGAGCGCUUCAAGCGCCAUUCUACAUCAGCGCCCAGUCUGCACACCAACGUACCUUGGGCUGCCGUGAGUUGGGCACUUGCCUCUCUUUCAGUUCCGGCGUUACAAAAACUAUAUACUGCAACAACAGGCACUCGUAAUGUACGGCCUGCAUGCUGCAGAAGACUGGAGAGCAAGGGCAGUUGGGAUCUCUCUUCUUACAUGGGGCUAGCCGUUCUCUUUCUAGACAGUGACGACGUCUUGACGGUGUCUACGGCAUCCCUGUCUCGCCAUGACACUACUUCUCGUAUGUUUUCUUAUCACUUCGAUACUUAUUCCCCGCCUUUUGGUCUUCACACCCAGGAAGUAGGAAUCUAGUUCUAAUAUUACCCCGGUGGUCCA